CGGACGGAACACCCCGCUAUUUUCAAGUUCACAACUUUUUCAGUUUUUGCUUGACUUCACGUUUUCAUUUCUCAAGAUGCCAAAAGAUUUCAAUGAUAGUGAAAAUAAAUUUUUGCCAUCAUUUGUGACUGAUUACGAUCUGGAAAGAAAUCCCGAAUUUGCACAUUUGUUGCGAGAACUUGGCAAGCAUAUGACUGACAAAUGUGAGCGUAAACAGCAACUACAGAAGUUAAACGAGAGUGAAAACAGAUUAAAAGCGGCCAAGGCGAAGUACUUUCAGCAGUUACUUAUCUACCAUGAACUUCAAGAGUUACUGUUGGAUCAUCAGAUAGUUUCAGACACAUCACGUCAAAAGGAACAGGUCUACAAACAACUCCAAACUCAACUUACGCACAGUGAGAUCGCCGACUACAUUUACAAUGUCAGCUCACACAGGGCGGACACCAAGGUGGAGACUAGACCUGAGAAACGAUCUACAGACAUGCUUGGCAUCACCAAAGACAUUAUUGACAAAUCUUGUCCCGAGCAGGUCGAUAUAUCACCAGUGAUAGCUGAGCUCGAACAAAGAUGGCAGGAGAAGUGCAAAACCUUAUCUCAGUUUCAUGACUGCAGUGACAUACCUAAAGGGAAUGAAGUAGCCGUGCUAGGUAAAGCUAUCCAAUUACCAGGAAUUGUAGAAGAAGAAAUACAUCAAUUAAAACGAGAAGAACAAGCUCUGCAGCAAGACAGGCAAAAGCGGACUAAACACUACUGGCAUUAUUAUGAGGCUUUAGUAAAGUCUCUCUGUGGGCUGGAACAGAUCAUUCUGAAUCAUAAGCUAGGCUGUCAAGCACGGAGUGACGCAAUAAGUGUGGAGCGCAUGUCUGCCCGUUGUCAAGCUCUCUGUCUUAAGAUCAGACUACUAGAACUACAACUCUUGGUGGAUACAUACAUGGCAGAGAAUACAAAAGCCCUUGGAAAAAUCAAGUUACACCUACAGACAAGACGACUCGAGUAUGAGCAGGAGAUGACUGCAGUGGUGCGGGCACUGACAACCUACCAGUCUGUAGGGAGUGGGUUUGACGAGAUCGUUGAGGAAUACGGUAGACUGCAGAGCGAACUGGAGAACAAGCAAUGGACCCUGAAAGAACUUGCGUAAACUCAGCAUGCGAACUGACCGGCUUGUACAUAUCUGAUGCUGCUGAUCUGUGCAGUGGCUCAAUUUACAAGCUGUCACACUUGUGCCCCAUCAGGCAUGGUUCAGGAAGCCAUGUAAUCAGUACUGCUUGCUGUGACAAUUGAAAUCAGAACCGUGCAUGCGGCUAAAAAGAGAUAGAAAGGAAAACGGAGCAUGCAUGUCUCACAGGCACUUGGAGCGUUUCAAUAAAAUAUAAUG